GUCACGUGACAAGAGGGGCGAGGCGGAGCUUCUCAGUUCAUAUCCCGAAGUCCUCUGCGUUUCCUCUCUCUUUCCUGCUUUCCGGGAGCCAAGAUGUCUAAGCGAGGACGUGGUGGGUCUUCGGGAGCAAAGUUCCGAAUUUCCUUGGGUCUCCCAGUGGGAGCUGUCAUCAAUUGUGCUGAUAACACAGGUGCCAAGAACCUGUACAUCAUCUCUGUGAAAGGGAUUAAGGGGAGAUUGAACAGGCUUCCUGCAGCUGGUGUGGGUGACAUGGUAAUGGCCACAGUCAAAAAGGGGAAACCAGAGCUCCGGAAGAAGGUUCAUCCAGCAGUGGUAAUACGGCAACGGAAGUCUUAUCGGAGAAAAGAUGGUGUGUUCCUGUAUUUUGAAGACAAUGCAGGGGUCAUAGUAAACAACAAAGGCGAGAUGAAAGGUUCAGCCAUCACGGGGCCUGUUGCCAAGGAGUGUGCUGACUUGUGGCCCAGAAUUGCAUCUAAUGCCGGCAGCAUUGCUUGAUUCUCCUAAAGCCUAUUUGUAAAAAAAUGCCUCAUUAAAGUGUCUGGCUGUAUA